UCUACUGAAGGCGAACAUGUCGCAAAUAAACUGGAGUUAUCAUGGAGAAACAGGAAUCGACGACUGGCACAACUUCUUCCCAGCCGCCAAGGGAAAACACCAAUCUCCAAUAGGGAUAUCAUCGCAUCAGACAAAAUACGAUUCAACAUUACCGUGUUUGAAGUACAAAUAUAAUGCAGGUGCUACGAAAUCCGUUACAAAUAAUGGUCAUUCGUUCAAUGUGUCUGUCGACAGUAACGAAUCUGAGUUGUGUGGCGGUCCUCUGAAAUACCGUUAUAAGAUGGCUGGUUUCCAUGCACACUGGGGUCUCACUGAAGCCACCGGCUCCGAACAUACGGUCGACGGCAUCCCAUAUGCCGGAGAGUUCCACUUAGUACAUUGGAAUAGCGAUCUCUUUAACAGUAUGGAAGAAGCUAUGUCACAACAAAACGGCAUUGCUGUACUUGGCGUUUUUGUACGGGUUGGAAAAGAACACAGUCAAAUCCAGUCUUUGCUGAGAAACUUUCAAAAGAUCCGAUUUAAUGGUGACAGUUGCGCAGUUGAAGGUGGAUUUGAUCCAUCGUGUUUAUUGCCAGAUAAUAUUCUUGACUAUUGGACCUACCAAGGAUCGCUUACAACUCCGCCAUGUUAUGAAACUGUAUCUUGGAUUGUGUUUAAAGAACCAAUCGAAUUAUCCUCUUCACAGUUAGAAAUUUUCAGAACACUUCACAUUAGUGCGGAGAACCAACAACUGCCUGGGGACAACGACCACAUGGUAAACAACUACAGACCGACACAGGAAUUAAAUGGAAGAGAGGUCACCUCAACAUUUGCAUGA